AUGCCCACCCACAGCAUGACAGCAGCUGCAGCGGCGGGCGCCUCCCUGCUCAUCAUCUACCUCGCGAUCCGCCGCCGGCGCCGCCUGAGCUCGAGCUUCCUGCCGACGCAAUCCUUUGGCGCGAAGCACGAAGGGCUGCUCCGCGACGCGCGGCUUGACAAACUGUUGGUCAUCACGGACUUUGACGCGACGCUCACGACGGGAGACUCAACGCAGUGCCACGACCUCGUCGGCUUCUCGGACCUUCUGGCGGCGCAAUUCCGCGAGGGCUUCGCGCCGCUGCUUGACUGGCAGACCAACCCGCUCACCGACGGCGCGCACGCGCUGAUGGUCAAGUAUGGCCAGCCGCCCCGCUCGCUCAUCCCGCGGAUGGUGCGCCAGUCGAGCAUGGUGCCCCGCCCCGGCGCGCUCAAGCUGCUGCACCGCCUCGCGCUGCUGAACGUGCCGGUGCUGAUCGUCUCCGCGGGGCUGUCGGACGUGAUUGAAGAGUUCCUCCGCCAGCACGACGCCCUCACGGAGAACAUCACCGUGUGCUCGAACCGGCUCAACUACGGUGCCGACCUCGCGCCUCAGUCAGUGGCGCCGGACCCGCCCAUCACCUCCUUCACCAAGGCCUCGGCCUACCGUGCCGCCGGCUCCUUCUUCAAGCACCACGCGGCGCGCCGCUCGCUGCUGGUGCUCGGCGACUCAAUCACAGACAUCGACGCCGCCACGGAGGUGCCGUACGACCACCUCAUCUCGGCGACGGCAAAGUACGCCGAGUCCUACGACGCCCUCGUGCUCGGCGACCACGGCUCGCCGGCGUAG